GAGAGAGAGAGAGAGUGUGCAAGUGGACCUGGGAUCCUCAGGUGUUCGGCUCCAGUCAUGGCCGGGAAUUCAGAGAAAGUAGCGAUCGCCUCAGCGGGGCCGGAAGACGUGCAGCAGUUCAUGCCUCCGGCUUACUCUACUUUGGCGGUGAAGCCCGCCGCCACCGGGCGCUUCCUCAAGGCCGGGAUGGCGGUGCUGGUCGCCGGGGCCCUGCUGCUGCUGCUGGGGGCCGUCGGAGCCUUUUACUUCUGGAACAACAAUGAAAAACACGUCUACAAUGUCCACUACAGCAUGAGCAUCAAUGGAAAAGUGGAGGAGGGCACGAUGGAGAUCGACACAGAAAACAACAUGGAGACGUUCAGCACCGGCAGCGGGGCGGACGAGGCCGUGGAGGUCCACGAUUUCGAGAUUGGAAUCACUGGGAUUCGCUUCUCAGGCAGUGAGAAGUGCUACAUCAAGACCCAGGUGAAAGCUCACCUGCCCGACGUGGAGCCCCUCGACAAGGACUCCAUGACCUUUGACUUGGACGACGAAGUGAUGCCGGCCAGGUUCGAGGACGACCUGGUGUGGGUGGCGGCCGGCGCGCCCCUCUCGGAUUCUGCCUUCCUCAGCAAGAAGAUCAAGGAUUUGUGCGGAGACCUGCCCAUCUUCUGGCUCCGCCCCACCUACUCCACAAGCGGACAAAGGAAGACGGGGGCCGCCUCCCGCCGCCGCCGUCAGGCACGCAGGGAUGAGGAGGAAGAGGACGUGGAGGCAGAGUUCAACCCCGAGAACCCCUAUCAGAAUAACCUCCAGGGGGAAGACACCAUGAACAUCGACCCCAUGUUGGACCACCAGGGCCUUUGCUGCAGGGAGUGCCGCCGCAGCUACACCCACUGCCAGCGGAUCUGCGAGCCCUUGGGAGGGUACCACCCGUGGCCAUACCACUACCGCGGCUGCAGAGUGGCCUGCAGGGUGAUCAUGCCUUGCAACUGGUGGGUGGCUCGCAUUCUGGGCAUCGUCUAGACAGAAAUUACGGCUUUGUUCGGCUUUGCUCGGAGCAAGAUAUCUGGGCAUAAAAGGAGAAAAUAAAUGUGACGCUGAGAAGAUUGGACACAGACUUGUAAACGGCAUUUCACUUUCACAUCUAUUUAGCUGUAGGAUGAAAACGUAUUUAUGAAAAUGUCAUCCGUGCAUUCUCCACUUCCUGUUUGGAUGUACACUACAGGCCACACCUUCUCAUUUCAAUGCGUUUUCUUUAUUUUCACCAGUAUUUACAUUGUGGAUUGUCACUGAAGGCAUCAAAACUAUGACACCUGUGACGUGGAAACCAUUUCAGGUGACUCUUCAAGCUCAUGGAGAGAAUGCCAAGAGUGUGGAAAAGCAGUAGUAAGAGCUAAGGGUGGCUAUUUUGAAGAAACUAGAGUCAUGAAACAUGUUUUUUUAGUUAUGUGUUCAUUCAUAGUUUUGUUGCCUUCAGUGACAAUCGACAAUGUAAAUAGUCGUGAAAAUAAAGAAAACGCAUUGAUUGAAUGAGGUGUGCCCAAACUUUUGGCCUGUACUGUAUAUACAUUUUCUGUCAGCUUCUAGAAACUUCUCAACAAUAUAUGUGACACUUGCAAUUUCUCAAGCCCUUUUCCCACGUGUAAUGUCCUGUAAUCGUUCACCUUUCAUCUAAUGUUACACAAUAAACCUUUUUUUUUAAGUAAAAUUUGUCGCGUCACCACUGUUUUGGGUACAAAUUAGUUUGAAGGUG